ACCAACCUCAAACAGUAGCACUUGAACUGGCAAAGAGGAGACACAGUUUGGGCUAUCCCUUUAAAAAAAGCAAAGCAAAAAAGAAUUCUAACUCAGCAAGGGUAUUUUUGUUGCAUUUUUCUCUGCGUGUGGGCAAAUACCAAUUUUUCUACUUUGUGCGAGCGUGUAUGAAUAUAAUUCAAUUUUCAUUUCUUUUUUCCUUUUUUAAAGAAAACCCUCCUGAUGGAAGAAGGUGCACUUUGCUUUUUCCCCCCCUUCUUUUUCUUCUAACCACUCUGGAAAAAUAAAUGUCAGCGCUUGGUGAAGUUCAAGAAAAGAUCUGGAAGCUGUGGAAAAGGAAAACAAAAACCAAACAACCCAAAAGACAGUUGUCUUAUGAAAAUAAAAGCCAAGCCUCCCCCACUUCAUGUAUGAUGUUUGUUUAAUUGGACGAAGAACCUCAUCCUGAGAACGUCAAGGGGGGAAAAGUGCUUCUCUCUUUCGAGUUCUUUAUUUUCUUUUUAAAGAAGAAAUCCGUCAAGAAGAGCAUAGAAGAAGAAGAGGAGGAGGAAGACGACCGCUCCCCCCCUCCUCCGCUCCCCCUUACCUAAGUCCAGCUCUCCGGGCGAUGACCGUGUAAAUGCCAGGGCAAUGUCCCGUCGCAAGCAGGGGAACCCGCAGCACUUAUCACAAAGGGAAAUUAUCACGCAGGCUGACCACGUGGACACUGCCAUCAUCACCCAUGAGGAUGAGAGCCUAGCACUAGGAGACCCGGUUGGGCUCAGCAUUGCGUUGGGUGGAACAGACCCUGACCUAUUAACCUGUGGACAGUGUCAGAUGAACUUUCCCCUGGGAGACAUCUUGGUUUUUAUAGAGCACAAGAAGAAGCAGUGCCAUGGCGCUGGUGGUGCCUGCUACGAAAAGAACGUGGAUAAGAGCAGUCCUCCCCCUCCAUCACGCUCCGAGCUCAGGAAAGUGUCAGAGCCAGUGGAAAUCGGGAUCCAAGUCACACCCGAUGAAGAAGACCGUGUUCUCACACCUACAAAAGGAAUUUGCCCCAAGCAGGAGAACAUUGCAGGUAAAGAUGAGCCUUCAAGCUAUAUUUGCACAACAUGCAAGCACCCUUUUAAUAGCGCUUGGUUCUUGCUUCAGCAUGCCCAGAAUACACAUGGAUUCCGCAUCUACUUGGAAACUAGCCCUUCAAACAGCUCCCUUACUCCACGCAUCACCAUCCCUCCUCCUCUGGGACCCGAGACUGUUGCACAGUCCCCGCUGAUGAAUUUCCUAGGCGACAAUAACCCUUUUAGUCUCUUGCGAAUGACAGGUCCCAUCCUGCGUGAUCAUCCUGGCUUUGGUGAAGGUCGGCUUCCUAAUACACCUCCCCUCUUCAGUCCGCCACCUCGUCAUCAUCUGGAUCCACAUCGCCUUAGUGCCGAAGAAAUGGGGUUAGUUGCCCAGCAUCCUAGUGCCUUUGACAGAGUCAUGCGUUUAAACCCCAUGGCAAUUGAGUCGCCAGCGAUGGAUUUCUCCAGAAGGCUUCGAGAACUGGCAGGAAACAAUGCCACUCCACCACCAGUCUCGCCUAGUCGCAGCAACCCUAUGCAUCGCUUAUUGAAUCCUUUCCAGCCAAGCCCUAAAUCUCCUUUUCUGAACACCCCUCCAUUGCCACCAAUGCCUCCAAGCAGCACUACGCCUCCUCAGCCUCAGGCAAAGAGUAAGUCAUGUGAAUUUUGUGGAAAAACCUUCAAGUUUCAGAGCAAUCUCAUUGUCCACCGGCGCAGUCACACAGGAGAGAAGCCCUAUAAAUGCCAACUCUGUGACCAUGCUUGUUCCCAAGCCAGCAAAUUAAAACGCCAUAUGAAAACACAUAUGCACAAAGCUGGAUCCAUGACAGGGAGGUCUGAUGAUGGAUUAUCUGCAACAAGUUCCCCAGAGCCUGGUACAAGUGAACUUACUGGAGAGGGACUAAAGUCAAGUGAGGCAGAUUUCAGGAAUGAGAGUGAUCCUUCUUUAGGCCAUGACAAUGAAGAAGAGGAGGAGGAAGAGGAGGAGGAAGAGGAGCUUGAAAAUGAAAGUCGACCUGAGUCAAGCUUUAGCAUGGAUUCAGAACUAAGCCGUAACCGAGAGAAUGGUUCCAAAUCUCUGCCAGAUGAAAAAUCCCUUGUCCUAGGAAAAGUGAUAGAGAAUGUAAGCCUCGGUACCAUCCAGCAAUACAGUGACAUGCUGGCUGAAAAGCAGAAAAGAGGUGGCUUCAUGAAAAGGUCUUCAGAUCAGCGAGAUCUCUGCCCUCGAGACCUUUGCCAGAGAGACACAGGUGAUGAAGAUUCAGUUGCUGGAGAACUUGACCGCACUGAGGAAGGGACAGUGAAUGGGAGAAACUUUGGGCCAGGUGAACCCUUCCCAGGGCUAUUCCCUCGCAAGCCCACCCCUAUCACAAGCCCCAAUUUAAACAAUUCCUCCAAAAGAAUAAAGAUAGAAAAAGAUUUGGACUUGCCACCAGCAACAAUAAUACCUUCUGAAAAUGUUUACUCUCAGUGGCUGGUAGGAUACGCAGCAUCAAGGCACUUCAUGAAGGAUCCAUUUCUAGGAUUCACAGACUCUCGACAAUCCCCCUUUGCAACUUCUUCUGAGCAUUCCUCAGAGAACGGAAGCCUGCGUUUCUCUACUCCACCAGGUGAUAUGCUGGAUGGUGGUCUCUCAGGGCGCAGUGGGACGGCAAGCGGAGGCAGCACCCCUCAUAUCAGCGGACCAGGUCCCGGUCGACCCAGUUCAAAGGAAGGACGGCGGAGUGACACGUGUGAAUACUGUGGCAAGGUCUUUAAGAACUGCAGUAACUUAACGGUGCAUCGCCGGAGCCACACAGGAGAGCGGCCUUACAAAUGUGAGCUCUGCAACUAUGCAUGUGCCCAGAGCAGUAAGCUGACACGUCAUAUGAAAACGCAUGGCCAGCUAGGGAAGGAGGUCUACCGCUGCGACAUUUGCCAGAUGCCCUUCAGUGUUUACAGCACCCUGGAGAAACACAUGAAAAAGUGGCAUGGCGAACACUUGCUGACAAAUGAUGUAAAAAUUGAGCAGGCAGAAAGAAGUUAAGCCCCCCACCCCCAACUGGGUUAAAAGCAGGGGUCUAGGUAACAUUUAAAUUGUACAGUUUAACUAUUACCAAUUGAGAAAAGCUGACCUAACUUGCCUCCAUAAACAUAUCUUAGUGUAACUAUGGCAGGUGCCAGAAUUUGGCACUUAAAUAUAACCUGUGUCUACAAAGUUCUAUUAAACCUGAGGAUUGGUUAAGGCAGUAAAAAUUGUGAAGCCUUUUAACUGUGCAAUAAUUUCUGUAUUUAUUGGGUUUUUUGUUUAUGUUUUGGCAUGUGCAGGUACUUUUUUAAUACUUUUUUAUUUUAGAUUUUUUUAAAAAUUUUGUUGGGUAUUCCAUUUUAGUUUUCCCCAAUAGUAACCUGAGAUUCUUUGCAUUACAAGGGGAGAUGCAUAUCAAUUUAAAUUAUAAUUUUAGAGGGCCGCUGCUUUGUUGAAUCUUACGCUGAGUAUGUGUAAUUUCUUGUGAAGAAGCCAACAUUUUAUGUUUUUGUUGUUGUUGUCCUUUAAAAAGAAAAAAAAAUCAUUUGAGAAUUAGGAAAUAUUAAAUAGUGUCGCGGAUAACAAUCUUAAAAUUUUAGCACUUUCUUUUGGAUUUGGAUUUAAAAAUUAGCACUGAUAAUGCCACUUAAAAUAGAGGCCUUUAUUUAAAAUAUUAUUUUUAACAGAUUCUAAAAUAAGCAUUUUGAGAAAUAAAAAAAAAUGGGCACCAAAUUUUCUAAAAGCAGCUAUAAUAACAAAAGCAAUAGCAAAAUUUGUGCAUUAUUGUUAGGGAAUUUGUUUAAAUGCCUUAUCCAUUUUCUUUUCUGCCAUUUCUGUUAUAAAAUUUAUUAAGUAAGGACAAACCUAGAGUACUGAGAACUUCAUUGCCAAUCUUAGGAAGCAAAACAGAAAGAAAAGCUUGAAUUUUUUUUGCAGGUAUGCCACUUAUCCUUGUUCACAUUACACAAUAUGCACAUGGUAAUUUUCACUUGAUAACCCGAAAAUGUACAUUUACAGUAACUGACCAUUCAAUAUCAAUAUGCAGCAAAAGACUAGUCAGUGUUUUAAUUGAAGAAUAGUUUAAUUAGUAAACUUGUGUGAGUAUAUGUGUGCAUCAAGAAAUGCAUACACAAUAUGAGUAAAAUGAUAUUUUUAUGCCAUUCACUAAAAUAACCAUCAAAUCAUGUUAAAUCUGCAUAAAUUUGCUUAGGAGUAAACAAAACCUCUUAAGAAACAGAUAUAUUUUUGUUUUAGAAUAUGUUGCAGUAGGUGUUCAUUUUAGAGGAAUCAUUCCAUGUGUGUGAAGUGAAGGGAUGCAUAGUGUACACUCUGUGUGCAAAAAGUUCCAGUCAUUUUUUUUUUUUUUUUACAUCCUCAGGUUGGGGUGGGAAACAUCCAUUUCUAAAAUUCUGCAAAGUGUUUUUCAUGUGUUUGGCAAUUCCAAACUGGACAAAUUAACUAGCUAUCCUAAAACAGACAGCCUAUUUUAAUAGGAAAAAAAUGCUUUUUCUUAUAUGAUGUUUACUAUUAGCAAUUUAUAAAUUAUAUUAGUUGACUAACAAAAAAGUUGCCCAAUUAAUCAUAGGUUUCUUUAUUUACUUAUGGUACAAUUGUACUGUAUACUGAGAAUAUUGCUCUGAGAGUAAGCCCAGUUAAAGAUCGUGAACAUGCUUUUUAAAGCUGAUUAAUCAAUUAAACACUGCGGCUCUAAAUCUUAAACUUUUAGCAUACCACAAGCUUUUUCUAAAUGUUGUCCUGAUUAAAUAGAUAUUAUUUAAUUAUAAAAUCGGUUAGUCCUUUUUCUCUAGUUUAUUUUAACAUUCUUUGGAAAGGAAAUUCCACACAAUUUUAACACUUUGCAGCCUUCAAUGGAAAGAAUUGGAUGCCUGCUAAUGAAAAAAAGGGAACUUUAAACAAGAUGGAUAAUAAACAGAAUUUUAUAGUGUAUCUAUGUCACUGGAAAACUAGGUAUUGAUACAUAAUAUGCUAUGCUAGUAACUGAAUAAAGAAAAAAAACCAGGAAUAAACCAUAUCAACCACAAAUGGAAAGUGUAUCAUCUAGCCCUUUCCCCAAGGAUUAGUUUUUGGGACCAGUAUUUUUAAACUUAUUCAUAAAUAAUUUAAAUUAGGGUUGAGCAGCUAGCGGUUAAUUUGCUGAUGACAUUUCAUUAUUUUAGGUGGUUAAAACAACAGAUUGCAAAGAGCUCUAAUAGAGUUCUUUUUAAACUGCACAACUGGGCAUUAAGAAUGGUCAUUGCAAUUCAGAAUAAAAAAGUGUAUUACCAUGUACUUUUUAAUUCCUAAUUUCAUAAGUAUUUUUAUGAGGUCUAGCUGGCACAGAUAUACCCAGAAAUUGAUUUUACAAAUAGUGAUAGUUAGCUUGAAGAUAACAUUGAAGCAGUGUACAGUUCUUAUAAAAACAACAACAGCAAAAGUUGCUCCACAGUAGGCAUCAUUAGGAAAGGAAUAAAAAUAAAUAAAUGUCCGGAUACUAUAAUAUCUUUAUAAAGAUAUAUACAAUAGUUAUAUUCAUGAUAUAAUCACACUAAGAUAUCUGCGUAUGUUUCUGGCCACAGCAUCUUUAAAAAAAUAUACUGGAAAAUGUGCAUGAAAGGCAACAAAAUUAUCAAGGGGCAAGAGCAAUUGCUUUGUGAGGAAACAUUACAUCUGGGACUUUUUAGCUUAGAUAAAACAAGUAGCUUGGGAGAAAACAAACACAUAUAAAAUUAUGCCUACUGUGGAGAAGCUUUUCUUUCAGUUAUUAGAAUCAGGAUUAUCCAAUAAAGUUUAAUGUUGUGAGAUUCAGUAUAAAUUAAAUCUGCUGUUACACACUAUAAUGAUUUCUCCCCCCUUCCAACUUUUAUGCCAAGUGGUUUAGAUAUUUGGUGUAUGAUUUCUUCAUCCAUAACUACUAGACACUAUGGCCUUGCAUUAUUUCCUGAAUCAAAGAUAGUACGCUUCAAAACACCAGUUGCUGUGGAACAUAAGAGGUUCUAUGAGGUUCAUGUCUUAAAAAUAAAAUUUCCAACGAUAUCUAGUUGCACCCUGUAAGAAGAAAGAGCAGGACUAGUCAGGACUUUUCAGCAUGACUUUUCUUAAUGUGAUUUAAUUCAUUACUUUUUUUCUCUAAUUGAAGAAAAUCAUAUUAUAUAAUCAUAGCACUUAUUGAACAUGCUGUGUUCAGACAGGAUCAUUGUAUGAUUCUGGAACCCCGAUGAACAGAUUUGAAAGGUGCCUUUACAUAUAUUUUCAUCACAUGGAAUGCCUAUGAUUUACAUGAAAAUCUACAGAGUUCUCAUGAAAUCAGCUGAAGUCUUACUCAGGCUCCUAAGAUAAUGCUUAAAUUGGGCUCAUAUUUAAAGUUCAUCUCCCUUUGAAAUGGCCAACUUAAAAGAACAACUGAAUAAACAGUAAGAUUAUAUGUCCCCCUAACUUUGCCCAGUAUUUAGCAGAUACCAACUAGCAUAACAUCCAACACCCUAAUAGUUGCCUUAGAAACAGCCUACCAGCCACAUAUGGUAGUUCACCAAAGCUUCCUGUUUUGGCUGCUUGCCGGAG